GUGUGUGUGUCGCAACUUGACUGAUCAUCACAUCGCCUACUGAACGACGUGUACCGAUGUGCGCGCGCUCCGCCUCUGACGUUUGGCGCGAGCAGACUGCUGUCUCGCACCGGGCGCAAACACAGAACGGGCUUCCUGAGUGUAACCGAGUCACGUAUCCUCAGGUAGUGAGACAGAGAGCAGCCUGUCCUUCAGGGGACAGAUGGAGCAGUCCAGCAGCAGGUUGUACUCUGGUCCUCUGUCCCAGGCGGCCCAGAAGGUCCUGGCUGUUCUCCGGGCCCAGAGUCUACAUGCAGCCAGACGCAACCGCCACCACGCCCACCAUCACAGGCAAACAGUGCAGGGCAGUAAUGGCCGCCAGAUGGAGCCCUGGUCUCAGAGCAGCAGGAGCAUGAGUCAGGAGGAGAGAGACACAGAACGACCCUCUUGGUCCAGUCUCCAGGCGUCCUCCUUUCCCACCUCUCACCGUGACGCCUCCAGCCAGCAGCAGGGAUCUCAGUGUUAUCAGCACACGCAGACACCCGGCCGCCCCGCGUCAUCCCAGGACGCCUCCCGUUUGUCCCCCUGCUGGGAAUCCUCGCUCCAGAGGCAGACGUUGCAUAGGGGCUCACAGAUUCAAUCCCACAAAAAGCGCUCCGAACCCCCUGCCUGCCUGUCAAGCCAGGCUCCGUCAUUCACUCAGCACGAAGAGGUGACACCAUCUUUGUCCUGUAGAAAUGCACGGACCUCCUCGCCUCUCCAAAUAAAACCGAGAGUUUAUGAGCGUCAAGUUGCACCGUGGAGAAACUCAACUGAGGAAAUCAGGCUGCCUUUCCUCUACAAUCCUCCAGACGAAGAGGAUCCUGAUGAGGUUUUGUUCCCCACAACAGUGCACCCUAAUGCCUAUGAAGAGGGGCGUGCAUUGGAUUGUUCCGGAGUUUCUUACUUCGAAGCAAGUGGAGUGACCUAUGGUGACACGUCACAUGCACAGAAUGAAAACAUUCAUUCGGAUAGCUGGAAUGUUCCCAGAAAGAAGCUAGCCACCACUGUAGCUGUGGACAGCCUCGCAAAGUGGAACCUACCACUAUGCAACCGUACUGAAGAGGCCAUUAGCGGAGGAGAAGAUGGAGGCAUAUUUUAUCAACAGGCAGAGGAGCAGAUGGUGGAUUCGGAAAAUGUGUCCGGCACAGAGCAUCAAAUGCAGGAUGGAGUAAUGUGUGAAGAGACGAGAUACCUGGCGGCACCAGUGCCCUUUGAGAAAGGAUCAGCUGAUGAAAUGGAGCGACUUCUUCUUUCGGGCACCAAUGAGAACACUAGUUUAGAGACGAGUUUGAAUUUAAUCUGGACCAAAAGCUUCUGCUCUGAGGUUGCAAUGUCUGGACAGAAGGAAGAUGUUGACUUUGAGAACAGAAUUAAUACAUGUGAACCUCUACCUUGCAUCGAGGAUAAAGAGAUGUACUGUACUGGCAGCCCCAAACAGAUCUUAGUACCUUUAGAAAGGAGAGAACACAAGGUGAGCCACUGCCGAGCUCGUUACCCUCAGGACGUGAGUCCGUCUGUAACUGAAAGAGCAGAGGAGCUCCUCACAGAAAACCCACUGAUGUGCAGCGACCCCACCAAAGUAGUCCCGGGUGACACCACUGCUGACGACCUGCAGAGAACCGCAGAGGAAAGAAUAGAUGUGAGCGAGGUCAAUCUGGAAGGGCAGAGGGAGGGCAGGGCAGGCAGCGACGCAAGCACAGGAGAUAAGGUGGAGACAGACAAGCCACAUUGUUGUGAUGUCCAAACAAGAGAAAGCUCGAGUAAAAGAGUUUAUAGAGAGCUCACUGAGUCAGCUGGAGGAGACAUCGAGCCAGAAGGGAGAGGGGCACACCGAAAUGAGUCCGGGAUGUUCCCUGUGGACGGCGAAAACGGGCGCACAGCUACAGAGGACUCAGGCAAAGAAAGUUGUUCCACGCCAACGUUGUCCCAGGAGCGAAGGCCAAAUAGGUCAGGGUUCAGAGCUCCAUGUCUCCCUGGGAACCACCGGCACCAUGACAACGAACUAGCGGCUAAUGGAAAGGUCAGAGGAAGAAGCUUCAGCAGUGUACUGGCCAGCACUUCUGCUGCCGAACAAAACUCCUCCUCAGGACGGGACGCUGCGUUGACCACUGCAAAACCGGGCAAAAGAAUUGAAAACAGCAGAACUCAUUCCUGCCAUCCUCCCCUGAUCCCGUCCUUCACCUUGAAGAGGAAACAUGAAGAACUUCAGCGGCAAUAUGCGGAACCCACUCCGAAAAUCUGCCUCACUAGGCGUCAUCCAAAAUGGGAAGCACCUCAUCCUUCUCAAGAAAAGGAGCAAGGAGUCAGCGAGCUGAAGAGAGCCGGGUCCACGACCUGUAACCCUGAACACUCAGCAGAACCGCCGCAGACUGAAGCCGGUCUUUCACAUAAAACAGGUAUAAUAUCAGGGACUCAUGAAGACUCGCAUGGCCCAAAGCAAACCCCACAAAUUCGGCAGAGAAAGACAAAAGAAAGGUGCAAACCCCUUAAACACAAGGGGGGUAAACAUGGGUCCGACCAGGAAAUAGACGAGCCAAAGAUAACUCAUGCGGAGGCCGGCGGUCCUGAGCCCUCGAACCAAUCCAAAGCCGGCUCUCUGACUGCAACCCUGACAUCCGACCCCAGGGUGAAGGAUUCUGGGAAGAUGAACCUGGACGAGAAAACGCAAACGCUUGAGAGGGCAAAGAAGGCCGAGGCGCUGGUGCUCACCUUGGUCUACCGAGAUGGAACCACUCAGUUUGACCCGGAGCAGAAGCUCACCCCAGAAGUUUGCGGCCUCCUUGUACUGUUGAAGAACAAUCCUGACGGCACACCGGAGGACCCGCUCGGGCCCAACGACAGGCUGGUCUAUUUAAAACUAGAGCACACACCUGCAUGGGCCCAGCAACACCCUCAGCAGAGCAAGGAGCUCUUUACUAGAGAUAUACUGCUACAAGUGCUAUCAAGAUCUCAACUGGUGGUGUGCUAUAAAGCCAAGGACCUGCUUCGUACAGCUUUGCAGUUUUACGGACCCGAGCUGGGCUUGAAACAAGUGGCGGGGUGUCACAUUCAGGACCCGCAGGUGUCAGGGUGGCUACUGGAUCCAACAAAUCCCUCCUCCUGCUACAGAGACCUUCUCAACAAACACAGCAGAAGACCCCAUACAACAUCCUUAGGAACCAGACAGGUUUCUCAGGUCAUCUCAGGUCUCUAUUCGCUCUACUGGCUUAACACGGAGCUGUGCUUUAAACUACAGAGCCGAGGGCUGUGGGAGCUGUACUCAGACAUGGAGCUGAGCAUGAUUGCCGUUCUGGCAGCCAUGGAGAGCCAUCGCAUCCAUGUGGACAAAGAAGCUCUCAAGAGAACGUCCGACCUGCUGGGGACCAAGAUGAAGCAGUUGGAGCACGAGGCCCACCGAGCAGCAGGGCAACUUUUCCUGGUCACCAGCAACACUCAACUACGUACAGUCCUGUUUGAAAAGCUGUGCCUCCACGAACGCUGCGAGAACAAGAAACUUCCCAAGACCGUCAACACGCAGCAGCAGUCGACCUCAGAAGCCGCGUUGUUGCAGCUUCAGGACCUUCACCCGCUGCCAAAGAUCAUUCUGGAGUACAGACAGGUUCACAAAAUCAAGUCCACUUUUGUUGAUGGGAUCCUCUCAUGCAUGGCGAGCAAGAACUCCGUUUCCUCUACAUGGAACCAGACAAGUGCUGUGACGGGGAGAAUCUCAGCCAAGCACCCAAACUUCCAGGCCCUGCCGAGGCAAGCGCUUCAAAUCGCCCAGAAGCAGCACGUCCAAGGAAAGGAGCAGGAGGUGGUGACUGUUCAUCCUCGAGCAAUGUUCGUCCCUCAGGACGGAUGGACGUUUCUCUCUGCGGACUUUUGCCAGGUGGAGCUUCGUCUGCUUGCUCACCUCUCCUCUGACCCAGAGCUGCUCCGCAUUUUUAUCAACCCACAGGCGGACGUCUUUACCAUGUUGGCCUCUCAGUGGAAGGGGGUGAGUGAGGGUGAGGUGACUUCUGAGGAUCGGGAACACGCCAAGCGCAUCGUUUACUCUGUUGUGUACGGGGCAGGUCGUGCGCGUCUGUCCGGGAUCCUCGGGGUGAGCGCUGAGCAGGCCAGCCGGUUCCAGGACAGCUUCCUGCAGACCUACAGAGACGUCCAGGCUUUCAUCCAGAGGACCAUCCAGCAGUGCCACAAGCAAGGCUACGUGCUGUCCAUCAUGGGUCGUCGCCGGACCCUUCCCAACAUCAACUCCCCCGAUUGGGCCGUACGCAUGCAGGCUGAGAGGCAGGCCGUGAACUUUGUGGUCCAAGGGUCUGCUGCUGAUCUCUGUAAGAUGGCCAUGAUCCGAAUCUUCAACCUGGUCUCCUCCUCCAGCUCGCUCUCUGCCAGGCUGGUGGCUCAGCUCCACGACGAGCUCCUGUACGAGGUGGAGGACUCCCAGCUGGAGCAGUUUGCAGGUCUGGUGAAGAGCACCAUGGAGUCCCUCCAGCACAUCGACCAUCUAGGAGUGCACCUUAAGGUCUCCCUGAAGGUGGCGGUCUCCAGUGGCAAGUCUUGGGGAUCCAUGUCUGAGCUUAAUGUCCCUACAAUGUCCCCGCCCCAUUAAGUGCUUCCACGCUCCUCCCUUCUCUUAUCUCCCCCAUUAUCAUCUCCUGCCUUUAUCCUUCUUUCUCUUGGUAUGUCUUCAUGUUUCUGCCUUUUGGGACUUCUCCCCUCUCAUAUUCCCUUUUCUCCACUCAGUCCAUCCCUCCCGUUCUCUUCGCUUGUCCUGCAUCCACAUUGCCGUGGAAACCAGGGCAGCUCCUUCCAGCUUCUUGCUUUUACUCCAUCUGUAUCCGGGGGCAACGGCAGGAGCCGCAGACUAGAUCGCUUUACUCCCCCCUGCGUGCAGGGAAAAAAGAACGAAAGAUCCCGUGUCCUUUCCGCACUCUUGUUGACCCACGCUGUUUUCUUGGCGUUGUUGCCGAAGUGAAUCCCCACAUUUAACUGCAUGAUAUUUAUUGGUUCAUAAAAUGUGUUGUUGGAAUGAUUUCCCAGCUAAUGUAAACCUGCAUUAUGCUGUACAAUGGACCAUAGAAACCAUCCUUGUAUUUUUUUUUGUCUUUGUGCUUUGUUCAUGUUGUGGUAGCUUCCCUCUGGAUAAUAAACCCAGUGACCUUUCUCACCCAGCUUCAUUUCCUACCAAUUAAUUCCCCAAGCUAAGCUGCACGUUACAUUUUUAGAGCUGCGUCCAAUACGUUAAACUGUGAAAUCAGCUGGUAUUUCGACAGACAUUCCAAAUGAGUUUAGUCAUAGUCCUUUUAAAAUGAUUUUUAUUUAACAAAUAUUCUCAUAUACAUUUAUGCCACAGAGCCGAGCUAUUUAAGGUUGGUUGCAUUAAGCUGAUUCAAAGCAGACAAUCUACGUCCGCUGUGUGCGUCCGGCGCUCAUCUUUCAUCCUCUCCCCUUUGUCUUGUUCCAGCCUCGCUCUCUCUCUCUCACACACACACACACACACACACACACACACACACACUCAUGCAUUGAACAAUUGUUUGUACACAAGCAUACGUGCAUCGAAGGAACGCACCGCACCACCGCACCACCGCACCACUUUCAUUCUGGAAAAUGGGUCCAGGUGGAACUGAACAUUUCCUGACAUUUUUUUUUCAUGACGUCCGCUUUGCUUCUUCUUACCCGGCCAGUGUGGGCAGUUCGGUGCCAGAGCGAAGGACAGUGUUAUGGAAAUCUGCCUCUAUUCUCUCAUUGUUCUUGGUUUAAGGGUGCAGGGCCGUCCCCCCUUAGGGGUAUGUGCAAAUCCUACAGGCCAUGCUGCUCAUUUGGAGACUGGGUGUAUGGGUAUAGGUAUGGAGCUUAAACCAAAACCCAAAAAGCACUUUUGGUUGCUUUUCAACAGCAGUUAGCUUUAGUGCUAUAUUCGGGAUACUCUGUUUUUUAUUUAUUGUAGCCGUUAAAAUGGUCCGUCAGCUAUUCAGGACACAGCUUACUGAUUUAGCGCAUGAUGGCUGCUAUCUUCUAGUUUACUAAAUAUAAAGACAAACUUAUGAUGGAGGUCGUUGUCUGUUUGCCGCCAUUGUGUCUCUUGAAGGUUGGUAUUGUUUUAGAUUAUUAAGUUAAUUUAUGAUUGAGUUCAGUUGACUGAGUGAUGCUUUCACUGUAAUGCCCUGUGCCAUUAACAGGAGCCACGGCCCAAGGGUCCCUCUGAAGACUGCAGUUGUCAAGGGCAACAGCAUGCGCUUCCACUAGCUGCCAUGGCGACCGUGACAUGUAAGUAGACUCUGUGGCACACAUCCUCAUGGCUAUAAUUGCUGACACUUAAUGUCUCAUUGAAUCUAAUAUUUAUCUCAAAGAAACUACAUGUAAUUUCCCUCUAAUCUUGGCAAAUGUGAAAAAAACAAAUCAGUUUACCAUUGCAACAUAUAAAAGCUUGAUGCAUCAUCAUUUUUAAUUGAUACAAUAUAUGUACAUCCAUGUUUCAAUCAUCGUCGUAAUGCAGGAAAUCCCAUCUUUACAUCUAUACAGUGUACCAGUGUAUUUGUCAGUAUAAAAGAAAGGGUUAAUAAUCACAAUAAUAAGAGUAAUCCUUUCGUGGCAAUACAGCAGUCUUCCAAAGGAAUGGCAGAAAGGGAACAGAAAGCUUAUAGACCCCAAUAAAAAUCAAGUUUCGACCGCUUGGACCAACGGACAUGACUCGUUCUAGGUCCCGUUUCCUUGGGAAUCACUAAAUCUGCUACGUCGACACGCCAUUCACCACUUGAUACCUGUCGUUAAAUUUGACCUUGCUUCUCCCCUCCAGCCCGAUGGGGCCCUGGCACUCUUCUCACACUGCUCUCCUUUACAUGCCCGAGGGGCCUCUUUUUUUCAAAUUCCUCACCGUAGCCAGAGCACCCUUCUCUAAACCUCAAAGCACCCCCCCACCCCCAAAUCGACCGAUCUCAUCAUCCAUCUACGUAUCCAUCAAACCCUCUCUCCGUCCUCUAUCACGGCCGUCUGGGUGACCUGCCUGCCUCCCCACAGUGUGGCUGCGAAUCGACCCCCUGCUGUGCUUUGUGUGGGCCGGUUUCCCGGCAACAGACAACAGCCAUGACAGGGCUCCAGGGCGGAGAGAGCGCCCCCCCUGCGUCAGAGCAGCUCGCUGUGGCUCGGCGCAGGUACUCGAAGCCUGAGGCGGGUGUCUGCUGCAAGCUAACGGAGCUAUUUGUGGUGACUCGAGAGUUCAAGCAGACAGGCAGGACAAGGAAGGCUGUGUCUGGACCCAUCGUCAGGGGACAGAGACACCGGGGCAAAGAUGGCGCGCGCUACGUGACCCACGAAAGCUGCAGCCAUUAGUCAGUAUGGGAUUUGUUAUGAGGCAAUACAGAUGAAAACACCUGUACCGCCGUAGAAUAUCUUUACUAGUGCUGUUAUAUCUCUAAAAUAUAUAUUUGAAAUAUGUGAAAUCCACAGUUUCUGUUACAAAAGGAGUAAAAAUGACCCCCAGAGGCUAUUUACAGUAAAAUAUACUUUACAACUUUACAGUGGCUUCCAGUCGCUGGCAGAUUCAAAGACUCUGAAUCUCACUUGUGAGAGAAGACAACAUGAUUGAGCGUUGAGGUUCUGGCAGCGGCGGCAUGUCUUUGAUUGAUUGUUUGAAGUUGUGGUGCACGUUAACCGGAAGUCUUUGUGGUGAAGCAAAACCUCAGUUAAGAGCAGAUUUCACUUUCAGAGUGUGGCGACGCCAUCUUUUUCCUGUCUGCUUGAACUGCUCAUUCUUUAGCAUCCGUUAUCCCCCUCUGGUCGUUUUCCCCCGUUUUCUACUGACAUCUGUACAAAUAUGCAAAGGUACACCUGUGUACUUCAACUUUGAGUUAAAAAAAAACAAAAACAAAAAAAACAUCAUCUUUGACACCUCUUUGUGAAGAAAAAAUACAA